AUGUUCCACUUCAGCGGCCGAGGGCACGAGCCUAGCUCAGAUAGCACGAUGCCUGCCUCGCGUAACCAAGGCUCCAGUGGUGAGAAACGUCAGAUAACCAGGAGUCGUAUCAGUUACUCCUGUCAGACAUGCCGGAAGCGCAAAGUAAAAUGUGACAAAGUCCAUCCGGUCUGCGGAGGAUGCAAAAAAGCAAACGAAGACUGUGUCUACAACGAGGACACGAAACCACCCAUCGCCGCCCUUACCGAGACAUCGGACGGGUCGAAGAAGCGAAGGACGACAUAUGAAAGACAAACCUCGACGUCGAACUCAUCGUCCAGUCCUCCUCAGGACAAGUCGAUGCCACCGCCUCCUCAACUCAAGGCAAUCGAGGAACAAUUGCGUCGCUUGACUUCAAUGGUGGAUGCGCUACGAAAUUCUAGCAGUAACGAUUCAGACCUUCGUGACCUGCUCACUCCUGUGCAUUCUCAGUCGGAGCAUGAAUCAGAUGAUGCAUCAUCUCGUCCUGACCUCAGCAUCGGGAUGUUCCGGUCAAGAAACUCAGGAUCGCCAAAAGACGUAAAUGAACUGAAUUGGCCUUUGUCCGGCCUCAAAUUGACAAACGGCAAUCCCAAACGAGCGGAAGAUCCAUUUUGGAUCCAUAUUUCUGACGAAUUGGACCAGCUCAACCACAUGAUGAGGCGUGCCAACAAUUGCAAUGUCCCAACAGGCGUCCAGAAUAAGCAAGGCGAUGGACCUAAACCCCCUGCUUCUGGGCUACAUGCUAGUUCCAUCAAGGACGACUUCUGGGAGCCUAUGAGUUUUGAAAAGGCCGCCGCGGUCAGUCGCAUCGAUGCCUACAACCCUGACAGUGAUUGUACCAUGUGCCAGACGGUGCCUUUCUCCAAGGCAACAUUGUUGCAUACAAUACCAAUACACUGCUCACAUACCACCGCCUACCACCAUCUUUUCAAGGCUUUCCCGACAAGGGCCCAGAGCAACGUCCUUCUCCGGUGUUGGCUGUCAACUGUCUAUCCGAUUCUACCGCUCCAUAUCCCAAGUGACGUUCUGGAGAAACACGAGAAACUUUGGAACCAGAUCGAAACAGCGGGGUUGGCACAGAUGCAAACACAAUAUCCCGAUCUCGAAUUAUACACCAUAAUGUAUGUGAUUUGGUAUGCUGGAGUGCUCAGUCUAUCCCGCAAAGGUCUGCAACGUUGGUUUCCAGGUUUGACGCGUGCCGAGUUGGCCACCAAAUUUCAUGGCGGCGCAGUUUUCACGCUGCGAAUGGGACAUUUCAUGCGGGAUGUUAGCCUCCACAAGCUCGCUGCCUUGGUUUUGAUGCAGUCUUUGCCAAUUGCCGAAGAAGAUCCUGUCCAAGCUAGUCUUUACACUCAACUCAGCGUCAGGCUGGGUCUGACGAUGGGCCUACACCGAGAACCCACUUUAUUCGACCUUCCCGUUGCCGAGGAAGGCAUGCGUCGCCGUAUCUGGUGGCAACUUGUGCUAUUGGAUACAUCUCUUGUUAUCUCCACUGGAUAUCCAACGUUGAUUUCCGAAAAUGUCUCCGAUACGAGAAUAAAUUGUGAAGACAAGGACGCAUUUGCCGCUGAUGAUGAUGAGGGGAUAAGUCUUGAGGGCGGGAAGAAGACCAAACCUUUCUCGUGGGGUGAAGCUCAUUCUACCGAUGAAAAUGGCAACUUGACACUACAUCGAACGAUGUGCCUCGUCGCAAGGGCCAAAUCAGUGCAUGCGUGCGCCUUGCGUGCUAUCAUUGACACUCACUUAAGCACCAAAACGAUUACCCACACCGAUAUGCAAAAAUUGAAGAGGGUCAUGGCUGAAACUGAAGAGCAGAUCAAUGGUAUCAUUGCACAGAUCCCAGCUCAGGGUCUGCCCGAGAUGGGAUUUGUUCCCGAGGGCCCUAACGGGAAAGCAAGACAGGCCUACAGUCUCGAUUGCGACUCGGCCAUGAGCAGUUCCGUAACCGAUAAGGAUCUCGCAUUCUACCAGAAUUAUGUGAGCGAUGAUAAGCUAGCAACGCCUCUUGCACGUUACCAUCGACGAAAACUGGCCGUUUUCAACAAGUGGGCUCGUAUCACGCUUUCGAUGUUGAACGACAAACUACAUUGCGUCGCAUAUGCGCCGUUCCUAAAGAACGCUAAGAGCAAAAUGUGGACAGUAGCAAGACAAUGCGCCUUGCAUGUCUGCCACAGUUUUAUGAGAAAAUUCAUCUCCCUAGUGGAAGACCCUGACCUCGAAACCUUCCGUUGGACUUGGCCCGCCAUGUAUGGCCCCUUACAUGCCGGACUGAUCAUGCUUGUCGACCUGUUUGAGAAGCCCGAUAGUGUUGAAGCUCCACGAUCCAGGGAACUGAUCGAUAAGGUCUUCUCACUUUCCGAUCCGCAGACUGGAAUUGUCGGAGGUCCCAAUGGUGUCACCAUUCAGAGACCUUUACGCGAAGGUGGUGUGGAACCGUGGGAUAUGUUGCGUGGUCUUCGAUCUGCUGCCUGGCAGAGAGCUGGACUUGACCCCAAUGUGCUUUGGACCCAGGAGGACCAACUCAAGGUCGGCGUUGCCACUCCGCUCACAGACGCUCAGAGAAUAGCUCAGAGUUUGAGGGAGGAUACUGUCUACGAGAAUGGAAACGGCCAGGCCACCCUCGUCAAUGCGGACGAAGGAAAUCGGACGACAGACCACGGAGUUCGAUACAUGGUCAAACUGGCUGCAAGUGAAAUUAAUGGCGAGGAAGAACCGGAAGGGUACCCUUGCUCUAGAGCAUUAAGGAACAGAUUCCUUCGCGACAUCGAAAGCGGCGACCGUCAGGCCCGUGGACUAAAGCUAGUGCGACUAGAAGGGCAACAAAAGAUGCCGUUCCCGCUGAGUGGCUUUGCAGAACAAUGCUCCCAGCAAGCUGCGCAAGGUCAUAUUCCUGGCUCAUGUUCAGGAAUUGGAAAUCCGGUCAUCAGGCCGACCGCAUUAGGGUACCAUCAGUGUUCGACGGGGCUUGCAAGUUCUGACAAACGCGAGGACGAUGGACCAACGCCGACGGUGCAGCAAGAUGGACAUCACAACUCCCACAGCGACACCCGUCUGCCGCCCAUAGGAGAGGAUACACCACAGAAAAGCCUCCUCGGAGAACCCACUGGACAUGGUUUAAGCGCGCCUGUGAUGCAGAGUAGUCAUGGUAAUCAUGAAAACGAGCAAACUUUCAAUGCCCAUCAGGAGACCCAGAAUGAUGUCUCGGUAUCUUCUAACGCAGACUUCGGGUUUGACUGGGCUCGAUGGGAUUCUGUGUUUGGCCAGUAUACUGGCUUUACCGAUAUGAUGGAAGAUGUGACAUUGUCAUGGGUUGAGUGA